AAAUUGAUCCUAUUUCAAUUCUGUUCCAAAGUAUUCAGAUCACCAACUAGCAAUCUCCCGUCACAACAAGACAAGUACACACUAAUAAACCAACUACCACAUCGACUCGCUCUCAAAAUAAAAUUAUCAUUAGCUCAGCAAGCAUUACGAGGAAUUCCUAUAUACAAGAAACUUCACUUUAUCGUCAGAAAUCCCUUAUCUCCCGACGAAUGAUGAAUACCAAUGUUCUAACGUACACUUCUCGCGAUUCCUGAAAGUCGAUCAAAGGCCGAAAGAUCCAGCGAUUAUCGUGACUGGCCGCCUAUAAUUAAACAUAUUUGCGAUUGGAUUUAGCGGUAUGGAUGAUGAUAAAUCACAUCACGAUUCGCCGACAAAUGCCAUGGAUCCCUGAGGAUUUCCGAGGACGAGGGGAACGCGAUGAGACCGAGGACAGUGGCUUCGCAAUAUCAUCGAGCUACCGUCUGGCUGGCCUUUUGCAACAAGUUCUGGCAUGGUCAAGAAAGGGUUGGAUACGUUUUGUAAAAUGGAAAUAUCCAAACGUGGUCGUCGUGGAAGAGAACAGCAUCCGAACAAUUCUGGAUCAAUUUCGAAAUCACGGGAUUUAUACUUUGCUGAUUCAAGGCCGUUCGAUCGCAGAAAGUAUUCGCGGCCAUUUAAUACAUCUGGCUACAUCCAGAAGAUUUCUUCGUGCAGGACUGUCUACGCGAUGCGGUCUUUAUGUAUGGAAGGAUCUUGAUUAUUUCUCCGUGGACAAUCACUUGUUAAAUUCACCAUGUUCAUUCAGAGGUCGACCCAUCACGGAGUUCAACAUUCAGGAUUACGUGAGCGAUCUCACGUCGAAGUUCUUUCCAUCGGGCCAACCACCGUGGCAGGUGCACGUGAUAAACUGUUUCCUCCGCGGAGAGGAGUACCAAAUCUGUCUAGUGAGGGUCCAUCAUCUGCUUCUUCGACAGGAACAUCUAGUGUUGGCCGAUUUCCUUCCGUUGAGAUGUUCUACCGAUAGUUGGGCGUGUCAAGAAACGGAUUCUCCUUUCACGAAUCUCUACUCAGGGCCAUCAGCACUCCCGAAACUUUACCAGAAACUCACGGAAAGCUUCAGUAAUUAUUGGAACGAAUUUCUAUGUAAUAACGAUCCAAACGAGAGGCCAGAGAUCUUGAAGAAGCAGAUUGGUAUUUUUCAAUGCUCGAAAAUCGGUGUGAUCGUUUUAGUUUCUUCGUUGAAAGAGAUGACAAGGCAAUAUAGAAAAGGAGAGGGGCCCAAGUUUCUCGACAUUCUCUCCAUCGUUCAACGAGAGAUCAGCAAACGAAACGUCAGUCACAGCGUGUUCCUACGGGCUCUACUAAAAUCUUUAAACCCCCUGCAGUUCUUUUACGACGUGAUCUCAUGGUGCUGGUACCUGGUGGUCACCUUAACUCUAAAAACACCGAUAUUACUUAUCCGAGAAUUACAAGCGUUGAAAUCACGUCACAAGCACUACCACUCGGACACUCUGGUUUCUAUGCUAUGGUGUUACGUUCCUUUGAUAUACCAAGCUAGCGUAGAGGUGAUCUCUAUUACGUGGAUCGCCAUAAAAGCGCCGAAAACGAUCUUCGAAGAAUUAUUUCUGAAGCAUCCACAAGCCAAUCGGCUGCAGACCACGUCGCCAUGCGGACGAAAAGUGGUUGCUUGGUCGGAGGAGGUGAAACUCGAUGUUCUUCGAACAAUCUCCAUUAUGACGGGGGCGACGGAGGCUGAAGUUUUGCUAGCAGCUAUGGUGGACAGUCUCAAGGAGUAUUUCCGUCAUUCCAGCGUUAGAAUACCAGACAAUGUGCUCGCCACUGGUAAAUUCGUGGGACAGAGAGCCGUGUUUAUGCAGAAUCACGAAGCCAGAGGCAUUUUGUGUCUCGCACUUCCCACAAAGACACCGUUGUUCGAAGAUGAUCUAGUUGAAAUUUUGCAGAUUAUACAGAAAAAUGUGCGCGAAGCAAGAUCGAAGCAGAGUGCAAUGUACGCCAUAACUGCAGCCGAGGAGUCCUGCGGAUUUCUCUCCUCUUGUUUGCCUUCGUUACUGCUCAAAGUGAUACUAAAUCAGUUAACGAGAAGGUAUUCCCUGUCCUUGACACACGUCAACGGAGAUCUGGCUGUAGAAGGUGUCGACGCGGUGAUGUAUUGGAGACCACCUCAAGGCAACUGCAAUAUGUCGAUAACUCUACACAGGUACGGAAGCGGUGUGCGGCUGGGCGUGAUGGGCGACGCGUUAAUUGGCCCCGAGCACUCAAUCAUCACGAGGACUUUCCCGAAAAGCGUGGAGAAUCUCGCGAACGUAGUCGGCGUUCCUAGAGUUCCCAGCAGAAGUUCAACUCCGAGUCCAGUUAAUCCAAGCACUUCACCCGGACAUUAAAAACGUCACGUGUCCGUCUCCUGAGAAGAUAAAUUUUCAUUCUUUUUCUGAGAGGUCGUGCGAAAUUUCAAAGUCGAAAGUGAAACGAACUGGACGUCGUACUUUCAGAGAAGAUUGAAGCACGUGGAGCCGCGUCGAAUAAUAUUUAUAAUUAUUUACGAUUAAUUUCAUAGUCUUCAUAUUUAAAUAAAGAAGAAAUUUUCUAAUUGUUUCGUCGGGAAGACAUAAGCAAGAAACGAGAAACAAAAACUCUACCGAUGAUACAUUCGUUAUCGUGUUGUAAAUUCGCGACGCAACGUUAUUUCUGUCUCCGUCCUUUUUGAUAGUUUUUUUUUUUUUUUUUUUUUUUUUUUUUUUUUUUUUUUUUUU